AACACUGAACUUAAGAACCAGUUGGCUGAAUUACAUAUAGAACAUAUGGAUUUACUCGACCAAAAUCAACACCUAAAUCAACUUGUAUCAAACAUGCAAGAGUGCAGCGACACACAUGAACUGGCCUUAGGACGGAUCUCUGAGCUGGAACAUGAGCUAAGCAGAGCCCACAACACCAUCACACAGUUGGAGUCUGCAAAGUCCAGUGAACGGUCUGCGAACACCUGCAGCCUGUACGAUGAACUUGUUGGUAGUGCGUCUGGUUCUUGUAAUCAGCCAAUGAUAACAAUUGACUUGACCAAUGAUACUUUAGUACAGAAUAAAAUUACAAGUAAUACACACAACAAAAUUAAAAAAUAUUUAAAAAUUAAUAAGGUUGUCAAAAAACUUAAGAAAACUUUGAGAAAGUACACAGUUUUUAAAUCGAAUAACAUAUUAAGAAGAAAGAACAUUAAUUUAAUUAAAGAUUUAAAUAAUUGUGAACAUCAAUUGGACAUUAGUAGGACAAGGUAUGAUAGUGACAUCCAACGUUUACAAGCUGAACUUUGUAUUAAAGAAAAUACCAUUAGGGACAUUUUCCAUAAAUAUGAAGAUUCACAGCAGGACCUAACAAAGCGUUUGCAGGAGGCCUGUGAGCUGGUAGACUUAGUCAUACAAAAUGCAGAGAAGUAUGACUUGCUUACAAAUAACAUCUCUUGUAACUGUUCAUGCCUCCCAACAUCUGAAACCCACUGUGUAACACCCACACACGUGCCACAGUGUGUGUCACCCUCACAGGAGCCCCAGUCUGUCACAACCCUGGCCACUCAAUUUGAAGAAUAUUCAGACAAGGUUACGAGUUAAAUAAGGACCACUACUUAGCGAUAAUUGAUCCUGAUAUUGAGUUGUGUAGCGGUGAGUACGUCAUGCUCCCUUAGACGGCACUGCUUGCGGUAGCGUCGGCGGUCGGGUUGCUUCCCUCCC